UCCGUAUCUAAGGCUUCAUUCUUUCUCCGGAGACAACCCGCACUAGUCGUACUUCAUCAAGAGUCUGUACUGUACGCCAGAGACAACCAUGAGCGAGAUGGACAUCGAGGAUGAGACGACGAACGGCACAGUAAUGCAGAAGAAGUUUAGUGUGCAUGCCUGCAAUGUGUUAUCAGAGCUUAGGAAGAAGGGGGAACUCUGUGAUGCUGUAAUCAGAGUGGAGGACACGACAUAUAAGAUCCACAGGGCCAUCAUGUCCGCCUGCAGCCCUUAUUUCCGGGCCCUCUUCACAAACCAGAUGUUCGACACGAACAAGCGGGAGGUCACAAUCCCUGGAGUGUCCCCUGAUAUCAUGCACAUCCUUAUCGAGUACGCCUACACCAGAGACAUCAAGAUUGACAGAGAAAACGUAGAACAGCUUCUCCCGGCGGCUGACCAAUUCCAUGUCACUGGCCUCGUCAGACUCUGCUGCGACUUCCUCCUGAAGGAGAUGUGUGCAGAGAAUGUUAUUGGAAUCAGAGCUUUUGCCCGGGCGUAUUUCUGUCACAGCCUGGAACGCCAUGCACUACGUUUCCUUCUGCAACACAUCGGCGAGGUCUACUCCAACAGCAACGAGUUCCUUCAACUGGAUGUGGAGGAAGUAUGCGAGAUUUUGGGAUCUGAUGACCUCAAUGUAAAGAAUGAAGAGAUCGUUUUUGAUGCUGUUCUUCGCUGGAUAGAUUUUGAUCCAGAAAAACGCAAGUGUCAGAUAGCUCGGCUUUUGAAGACAAUCCGCCUUGGGCUUCUCACAACACAGUACUUCGUGGAGAAGGUGAAGUCUCACCCCUAUGUCAAGGAAAUAGAUGCCUGUAAACCAAUCAUCAUUGAGACGUUGAAGUUCCUGUAUGACCUGGACAUGGAUGAAGACAAGGAGGUGGACCUCAACAACCCUCUUGCCAAGCCUCGCGUGCCACACGAGAUCUUGUUCGUGAUUGGUGGAUGGAGUGGAGGGUCUCCCACAAACAUGGUGGAAACAUAUGACACACGGGCAGACAGGUGGAUUGUCUCAAACAACGUCGACACAGGUCCCCGCGCCUAUCACGGUACCGUCGCCCUCGACCAGCACAUCUACGUCAUAGGGGGCUUUGACGGCAUGGAAUACUUCAACAGCGUCAGGGUCUUCAACCCCAUCAAUAGUCAGUGGACCGAGGCUGCACCCAUGAACGCAAAGAGGUGCUAUGUCAGCGUUGCUGUUCUUGACAAGUUCAUCUACGCCAUGGGAGGGUUUGAUGGUCAUGUGCGACAGAACACAGCCGAAAGGUACUUGAAGAAAAACAACCAGUGGAGCCUUAUACAGCCCAUGAACCAUCAGAGAAGCGACGCCAGCGCAACUACCUUGGAAGGUAAGAUUUACAUCUGCGGAGGGUUUAACGGACAGGAGUGCCUCAACACGGCGGAGUGUUUCGACCCCAACACAAAUCAGUGGACUCUCAUCACCCCCAUGCGCAACAGACGGAGCGGCGUCGGGGUGAUCGCCUACAGGGGCUGCGUGUACGCACUAGGGGGGUUCAACGGCAUCACGCGGAUGAAUACCGGGGAGAGGUUCAACCCUCAGACCAACACCUGGCAGACCAUUCCCGAGAUGUACAACCCUAGAAGUAACUUCGCUAUCGAGGUUAUUGAUGAUAUGAUAUUCUCAAUCGGCGGCUUCAACGGGGUCACCACCAUCUUCAACGUCGAGUGCUACGACGCCAGUACCGAUGAGUGGUAUGACGCCACAGAUAUGAACUUAUACCGAAGUGCACUUAGCGCAUGCGUAGUGAAGGGUCUUCCAAACGUUCAGGACUUCAUUCACAAAGAGCGCGACAAGGAUGAAUCAAAGCGGAAGAAGACAAACUAAGAUGGAUGAACUUCCGGUCACGUGGAUGAAAAUACCACAUGUGAUAACGUUUGUUUUUGCUAUUGUUUAUGAUGUAUAUUAUUUAUUUUUAUGUAUAAAAUUUUGAAAAAUACAACCCUACAGAUAAAGAGGCAUUUGUAAAAAUCUGUGUUUAGCUCAGAAUAAUAAGAUAUUUUUGAAUGUGUGUGUGAAUGUGUAUUUUUGAAUACGUUGCAUUGAUUGUCGUCACAGUAGGGUUCUGUUGUACAUACCUAUACAUACCUCUUCUGUUAUAAAGUUCCUUAAACGUAGAACCAUCACUUUAACAAGUAACAUAAUAUAGCGUAGAUCAAUAAUUUAUAAUGUCUCACUAAUUUAUGAAUAAAUAAUCACAGAAAUAUA